GUUUAAAAGACAGGGAAGCGUUGCUGGUGCUCGCAUCGCCCGUCGUCACAUCGGCCUCAUGUGUGUGAGUGUGAGUGAGAUGUCUGCUCUGGAGGAAACCCCUGCGAAGAAAUGCAGCCUUCGGGGACUGAGAACGCUGCACAUCGUUUCCCCACACUUGUUCCUGGUAUUCCUCCUGGUAAUGUACGCGGUUUUAGGAGCCAUUCUGUUUGAGCAGUUGGAAAGCACCAACGAGUCGGCAGAGAACUACGAGACUUUUUUGAAUGAGCUGUGGGAAAUUGCGAACGAAACAAACAAGAAUGUAGAGAUUGAAAUUGAAGACAAGAAACGGUGCUUUAAAGAUGAAGUGAGGGAAAAAUUGAAGGAUUUUCAAAGUUAUUGGUCCGAUAUUAAAGAAGAUCACAACCAGUGGAACUUUCUUGGUUCUCUGUUUUUCUGCUGCACCGUUUUCACAACCGUGGGUUAUGGCCAUCUCGCUCCUUUAACGAUAGGAGGAAAAAUUGCCUGCAUGUUUUAUGCAACAUUUGGCAUCCCCAUUAUGCUCUUGGUCAUCACAGAUGUUGGAGACAUGUUGGCAGCUUUGCUCUCCAAAAUUUACAACAAGAUAAGAAAGCGGGCACCAAAGAACAUUUCACCACUACCCUCAGCCACACCAUCAAGGUGGUCUUCAUUCAAACAAAGCUUCAGCAAAUCAGAAGAAAGACCUGCAACAAGAUUGAUAAUUUUUAAAAAUGGCUCACAUGCCACCAUAACACCAAUGAGCAUAAAUGUCUUAUUGAAAACUCAGUCCUCUGUUAAAAAAAAAUCUGAAAUGCUGAGAAAUGCUGAAAUAUUUGAAAAAUUGAUUGUUCAAGAACAUUUUAAUCAUAAAUCUUUCCUGCUGAAAGGAAGAGACAGAAGUAAAUCAUGCCCCCAACUAGAUGUAAAGCCAGUUGAAGAUGACGAUUUCUUUCCAUGCUUGGGUAAGGAACUUGAAAAAUUUGAUGUACCAAUCAUUAUCAUCAUAGGCGUUGUUAUAGCAUACCUACUUUUUGGUGCAGGCAUGCUUUCCAUUUGGGAAAAAUGGAAAUAUCUUGAUUCUUUUUAUUUCUACUUUAUUACAAUUACUACUAUUGGCUUCGGAGACUUUGUCCCUGAGCACCCUAAUUUUUUCAUGGUAAUGUCUAUUUUAAUUAUUACUGGUAUGGCGAUCAUGUCUAUGGCUUUUAAAUUAACUCAGAACAGGAUAGCAUUUUGUUACAGACAGGUCAGCACGUGGAUCAGUGGUGACAAGCAGAAGAAAUUUAGAGUGACCUGAAGCCAAGGCCAACUAUUCGGUUUUUGUGGUUGGGGUAAUAAACCGAGUUUAUUCAUAAUUUUAAAAUGCUUAAGCAUUUAAAUAAUAAUUAUUUUAAUUGGUGGACUUUAGCAUUAAAAUCAUAAUAAUAUAUGAAAAUAUGAUGUGUUGAUAUGUACAUGAUGUUAGCAUAAGUAUUUAAGAUUGUAAUAAAACAAAAUAUCUGAGCAUUAAUUUACAACUCUAAACAAAAUGAAAUCUUCCUUAUGAAUAAAUGGAUAUUUCGGACAAUUUUUAAUUUUAUUUUACUAAUCUGGGCAAAGUAUUUUCUUGCCCAUAGACAAUUAGUUACUGUUUGCAAUAUUAUAAUAAAGAA